AUGAGUACAAAAUUUUUAUAAAAAAAGCCGAAAGUAACAAAGAAUAUCCGAAUUGGGGGAGGAAAACAAAAAAAAAAAGAAAAGAAAAAGCUUUAAUGGCAAAAUCUUUAACACUUGGCGACCACAGUAAAUGAAACAAACAAAUGGAAAUGAAGUGGCAAAAUCACUCACUCCUGACUUCAUUAAGCAUUAAACAAGCAAAAUCUGUUAGGAACACUUCAAAAAACAGUGUGCGGCGAUGGAAGCAAUGCUCAAGCACCGCCAUUUUUAUGCCUCCAUGCUUCGCAUUUAGAGUUGAAAUCAGUGCCCCAUUUGGACAAAUUCGAUUUUUUUCCUCGACCAAUCCAAUUCCCGGGAAAUUUAGAUGAAACCCAGUCAGAACUUCGAUUCACUGAUGGUCCGACCGGUGAAAAUUGGCAGCCGAGCCCUGGAGGAAAGAUUUUGUAUUGGCGGAAUUUUUGUGGAUAAUUCAGUUCCUCCUUCAAUUUUUGACUCAAUUGUUUCAAGAACAACUGAUUCUAGUGACUCGCAUUUCUCGUUCAAAUUGCCCGCGUUCAAAGAUGGCUUGUUUUUGUGUGUAGGGUUGUCAAUCAAUGGGGAUAAUAAAUUAACAGGAAACCCUGGUAUUUCCCUGCGGCAGAAUGGGGAUUUUACAUUAUCCAGAGCUCAGACGGUGGUGCCCAAGGGAGUUGGUAAUGCUGGAGAGGAGGAUAAGAAAUAUGAAGUGAAGCCUGGCGGUAGGGGACGGGGCCGUGGAGCGGUGAAUACCACCAAACAUUUGUGGGCUGGAGCUGUGGCUGCCAUGGUUGCAAGAACUUUUCUUGCUCCGUUGGAGAGAUUGAAACUGGAAUAUAUGCUUCAUGCUGAAGAGAAGGAACUGUUUGAACUUAUUAAAGCAAUUGCUGCUACUCAAGGCUUGACAGGCUUCUGGAAAGGAAACUUGGUUAACAUUCUCCGCACUGCUCCAUUUAAGGCAGUGAACUUUUGUGCCUAUGACACAUACAGAAAACAACUUCUUAGGUUUCGUGGCGAUGAAGAAACCACUAACGCAGAGCGAUUUAUUGCUGGUGCAGCUGCUGGUAUUACUGCUACAGUUCUUUGCUUACCUCUGGACACCAUCAGAACCAAGAUGGUGGCACCUGGUGGAGAAGCCCUGGGUGGUGUCAUAGGUGCCUUUCGUCAUGUCAUUCAGACUGAAGGGUUCCUUUCUCUAUACAAUGGCUUAGUCCCAUCAAUUUUAAGCAUCGCUCCUUCCGCAGCAGUUUUUUAUGGUGUCUAUGAUAUUCUGAAGUCGGCUUAUUUGCACUCUGCCAAAGGAAGGAAAAGGAUUGAGAACUUGCAACGACAUGGCGGAGGACUAAAUGCUUUUGACCAACUGGAAUUAGGACCGGUUAGAACCUUAUUGCAUGGAGCUAUUUCUGGUGCCUGUGCUGAAGCUGCAACCUACCCCUUUGAGGUUGUAAGAAGACAGCUUCAACUCCAAGGUCGAUCUAAUAAAGUUGGCGCCUUGACUACUUUUGCAAGGAUAGUUGAGCGAGGAGGGGUGCCAGCUCUGUAUGCAGGUCUUGUUCCUAGUUUGCUGCAGGUGUUGCCUUCGGCAGCCAUAAGCUACUUCGUGUACGAGUUCAUGAAGAUCAUACUCAAAGUGGAGUGAAAAUUUUGGCGUUUUUUCUUCAUAGAGAAGCCUUCUGGAAGUACAGAAGGAGAUAUGACAAAAUCAUACAUAGUGAAGCCAUUGUCACCAUUUUAGGCUUUUAGAAUUUUUGACUGACGGAAUUAUAUUUGGACAACAAAUUUCUGUACAUAUUUUGUCAUCCAUAGCCAGAAUUUUGUAGUGUAACAUUGAUGUUUCUACAUGAACACCAUACAGAAAUCCCCAAAGUGGAACUGUUGAUAGAGUACAUUCUAUUGUCUAUUGCCUUGUGCUUUUAGUUCCUUUGUUUACAACUCUUGAGUGGUAUAGUUAAAGUGAUCUCUGCUUCCAACCAGAUUGAACUAGGGAAAAGAAAAAUAUACUGUGAUUUGCAA